UUAUGGCCUUCUGUUUGCUGUGAUUGUGUCCUUAAUAAUAAGAGAUUGUUGCACAUGUAUGUUUAGAGAUAGCUUUGACCUUAAUAAUAAGAGAUUGUUGCACAUGUAUGUUUAGAGAUUGUGUCCUUAAUAAUUUGUCCUGUGUUUCUGUUCUUGCCAGAAAGUGUUAUGCUUAUUGUAGAAAACAUUUUAUGUUAUGGUGCGAUUUUUUCUGAUCGAUCCAGCCGUGCCCUGUUUUUGCUGUGUUUCGGUGGGGUUGUUUAGUGGGGGAAGCGAUCUCUCUUUCUGCUACUGGGGGCUGUUUCUUGUACUGGAUAACUUUGUAAAUCUAUGUUCACAAGCUGAGUCUCAACCUCAACCUUCUGAAUCUGGUAAUAAUGAGAGUGGUACUCAACCGAAGCCAAUUGAUUAUGAUACACUAAUGAUUGAAGCUGUUGGAGGAAGAAAUGCAAAGGGCAUAGUAUAUGGACUUAGUUUGGAUGGACGUAACCUCACCCGUGGCUCAACAUCUACAUCAAAUAGAUAUUCAAAUUAUGCUGAUAUUGCUCGUGGUAUGAGUGGAGAGGUUGAUGCGCGAUUAAGGCAGAAAAUUGCAGACCAACAACAAACAAUCAAUUGCAUCCUUGCACGUCAAAAUAAAAUGUUGGCCGCAUUUGCUAAUUAUGCAAAUAUAGAUUUGGACAUGAUGGAUUUAGAUGAAGAUGAUCCUUCCGUUGGUAAUGGAACUCGUGGAAACAAUGGAAAUGAUGAUACAAAUGCCGAUGAAUAAUAUUAAUGACUUUGGAAUGUAGAACUUAAAUUAUGGAGUUUGAUAUUUUGUAGACAAUUUUAAGUUAUUAGAACUUUAGCCUUUUAGAUGUAGUGAUAAAAAUGUGAUAUUUUGUUGUUAUUUGGAGAUACUUUAUAUGUUAUGUUUAUGAUGGAUCAAA